AGUCUGAGCAGAAAAAAGAGAGAAAUUAGUGUUAUAAAAGCAGAGCUGCUUCCAUCAGGUGUCACUUUUCUUAAAUUUCAGCGCCCCAAUGACUUUGAAUACAAAUCUGGACAGUGGGUAAGAAUAGCCUGCUUGUCCCUAGGAACCAAUGAAUAUCACCCCUUCACAUUAACCAGUGCUCCAAAUGAAGACACAUUGAGCCUCCAUAUCAGAGCAGCAGGACCAUGGACCACUCGCCUUCGUGAGAUGUAUUCUCCACAGAGCAUCGCAGAGCUUGAUAGUUAUCCAAAAAUAUAUUUAGAUGGA